AACCAACCCCCGCUUGGAAGACUGGCGGUGCGGUCGCGGUUGAUAGGAGGCACGCACUUACGUAUUAGUUUUUUUUUUGUUCAAGUUUGGGCAACGACACCGACUGCUUCGGACAUGCCAACUCAAACUACAGGUCCCUUUUGUAUACGGUUGAGGGACCGCCGGCCGAACAAUCAGUCAGGCAGCGGUGGGUGAAACAUAGUCGCCCGAACUUUAUUUUUUUCUUCUUUUCUUCCCUACCCCAUUUCUCUUGGGUAAUACAGGCCAGGGCACCUUUACCUUGCAUACCUACCUGCCUACCUUGCUUAAACUACAAGCCAUCAGCCGAGUCACGCCCGGACAAGGCAUGCGCCGGACCAAUAACGACCGGGCAACGCCCUCCCCACGCAGCGGAGCGUUUGCACGAAUGCCAGUGCGGCUUCCCACAACCUCGUCAACACCGCCAACGCCGACCUCGACGGAGUCCACGAUGCCGGAAAAGGUCUCUGUGCUAUUCUGCUGCCUGGGCAACAUUUGCCGGUCGACAAUGGCCGAGGGCGUCUUCCGCGACAUGACGGGAAAGGCGCCUUACAAGGAUCGGGUCGGGAGGGUAGACUCGUGCGGCACAGGCGCAUAUCAUACAGGCGACAGCCCGGAUGACCGGACCAUGGCAACGUUGGAGGCGCACGGCAUCACAGACUACCAGCACGCGGCGCGCAAGGUUUCGCUCAAGGACUUUGACACGUUCGACUACAUUUUCGCCAUGGACCGGUCCAACCUCUCUGACCUGGAGCGGCUGAAGCGCAGCAAGCCCGACGCCAAGGCCAAGGUCAUGCUCUUUGGCGAGUUUUCGGGCACCGGCAAGGCCGAGAUAGUCAGCGACCCUUACUAUGGUGGCCACCAGGGUUUCGAAAAGGCCUACGAGCAGGCGAUGCGGUUUUCGAAGAAUUUUCUAAAGGACAAGUUCCCGGAGGUGGAGGUCGAGUCGGAGAACUAGACCCUUUUAGAAAACUGCGAAUGGGCAAAAAGAGGCCUAAACAAAUACGAUACCAAGACAAAAGAAAAAUUUGUAACCACACACUCAGAAAACACCCAUCACAUAAACCCCCUUUCUUUCUGUAGAGCAGACCUGGGGGGAAAAAUACUGGACAGCACGUGAUAGAGACGAGCAGGUCAUAGAUGAUAAUGUUUACAUUUUGCUUCUGCUAAUGCUGGCCCCCAAAAAAAUGCCGGGCCGUCACCCGCAUGCAUGUUAUGGGGCAGGCAGGCAUGGCAGCAAUGCCAGGAUAUAACGUCAGCCCUCUAACGAGGUGGAGGGGGCCAAGAUCAUGAAUGGAUUAGAUGGCCAUGGGAUGACAUGGGGGCGAGGUCCAUUUGUCAGACCACCCGAUCAAGACAAGUACUUGUUGUGUUGCUUGACUUUGGGAUAUUUUUUUUCUGAUCUUGAUGUUAAUUUUUCUAUUUUCAUCAAAUCAUGACGAGUACAACGAUGAUAGUUUCAUUUAUCGUAAGUCUCCAAGCCUCUGGAGGGUGUAAGACGGCAGGACUCUGCUGUGCGCCCAGCUUAUAUGACAUUGUACAAAUAAAUGGAUACGAUACCUAUACCUUACCACACUACUUUCGUACCUAAGCUCUCACCCUCAGUGUCAUGUCAAACUGGUCAGUAAGCAAGCGGCCUGCUAUGAAUGGGGUGAUGCGAUCAAAGACAUGACCGAGCUUGCAUAAAGGUAUCUCGAUGCAGUGUGUAUGAAUGGUCGACAAAAAGACAUGGGACUUGACACAAAGAUUCAAAAAAGACGCUUCGUGGAAAAUGGACAUUUUUGGAGGGGUGGUGUCGACCGGGGCUUGAGAUCCCUGGAAUGGAGAUUUUUGAUUUUGGCGCGCUGGUAUUGGUGGUGGUAUUUCCAAAUCUGGCUCACUGUGGCUUGGGUAGGAAUCGCGCGCGGCUACAGAAAUUUGAUGGAUGUGCGAUGCCGCUGCCUGCCCUUGCGGCAGGUGCCUACAGUGAGUACAAGUCCCUUGAGUCCCUAGUGUUGC